AUGGCGUUACGUUACAUAAAAUCCAAACCCUUUGAAGUUCAACCUUUUGUAAGAAGUGCCCAUUUUGAAAAUCAAACAAACUGUUCUUUACACGCUAUAGAUGAAUAUCCUGAAUGGUUUACCGAUAGACCUCCACGUUAUGAUUUUAUUUUUUAUUGUUCGUUAAUAACGAUUUAUUUAUUUUUGGCCAUUGCCAUUGUUUGUGAUGAAUAUUGUGUGCCCUCGGUGGAGAGGAUAUGUUAUAAAUUUGGUUUAUCUUAUGAUGUGGCCGGGGCCACAGUUAUGGCUUUGGCUACUUCCUGUCCGGAGUUUUUUAUAAACCUCUAUGCCACCUUUUUGACUGAGGGCGAUAUGGGUGUGGGAACUAUUGUGGGCUCUUCGGUUUUUAAUAUUUUGGCCAUUACCGCCUGCUGUUGUUUGUAUACGGGUGUGGAUUUUUCCAUUGAUUGGUGGCCUAUUAGUCGAGAUCUUUUGUGGUAUGGUGGAAGUGUUGCUCUUUUAACCAUAAUGCUUUGGGAUGGCUUUAUUUACUGGUGGGAAGCUUUCAUUCUAGUUAUACUUUAUAUUUUUAAUGUAACAAAUCUGUUAUUGGAUCGUAAAUGUCAGGAAGUUGUUAGAAAUAAAGAACGUCCUUGCAAAUUAAAAUGUUUUGUGCCCCUGGGUGAAGUAAAAGAUUUCGAUAGCAUGGAAGAUCCUGACAAUCAAGAACAACCUUUUGAUUUUAACCAAUGGCCUCAAGAAUCUCCAUGGAAAAAAUUUGUAUGGUUUCUCUCAUAUCCUUUAGAAGGUUUAUUCUUUCUCAGCAUACCAAAUGUUAGGAGAGCUUGCUCUCACGGUAGCAGUUGCUUAAGUCUAUUAAUGUCUAUAUUAUGGGUUUCAUUUCUAACCUAUUUAUGUUCCUGGAGCAUAACCGUAAUAGGCUAUCAUUUAUUUAUACCAGAUUCUGUAAUGGGUCUAGUAAUACUGGCGGCCGGUACCAGUAUACCGGAGGCUAUAUCAAGUGUUAUAGUUACCAAGAAAGCUAAUGUGUCUGGGUGGUCCCUGGCUGGUGAAGUCUUUAUAUUUCCCCACAUCGUCUAUACGACUAGCAGUAUCUAUUAUAUCAGAUGGUUUGGUUUAUACCUCGGCUUGCCUACUGAUAUCGGCAUUAUUGUUGUAUAUCUCUUUUAUGGCUACACGUUUUCAACUGGGUCGUUCGCAGAAAAUGUUACAAAUAAUUUUCAUUCAUUUUUUCACAAUUUGGAUGAUUUUAUGUUGCUAAAAGGAGUGCCACGCGAAUCGUGUCCCAAUGAAACCGAAGACUCACCGCUAGAUGAAUUUCCUGAAUAUUUUACUGUCGAACAAUUACGCCAGGGUUGGGUUGUUUUGCAUGUCAUAGCUGCCGUUUACUUCUUUAUCCUAUUGGCCAUUAUUUGCAACGAUUACUUUUUACCCACCGUCGAGUGUAUUUGUGAGGAUUUGAAUUUAUCGAAAGAUGUGGCGGCGGCCACAUUUAUGGCCACAGCCACUUCAAUGCCGGAAUUUUUUACGAAUACCAUUAGUACCUUGAUAACACAUUCGGAUAUGGGUUUGGGCACCAUAAUAGGUUCACUCAUGUUUAAUACACUAGGUGUGGCGAGUUUGGCGGCCUUGGCUAUAAAUAAGCCCGUCCAACUUGAUUGGUGGCCCAUUGCUCGUGACUGCUUUAUCUACGGUUUCAACACUAUCAUUCUAAUCAUUUUGGCCUGGGGUGGUGAGAUCACCUUUACCGAGUCCUGUGUCAUGAUGGGUUUCCUAAUCAUUUACUAUUUGGUUACUUUUAACAAUAAUAAAUUUAUGCCCGCCAUUAGAGUGUUUGUGGAGGAUAAAUUAGGUUGCUGCUUUUCGACCAGAUACGAUCUUACCGAACCACCAGAGAACAGUGCCAAAGCUAAAUUGCCCACCAAGAAGGAUCCUCUGACCGGUAAUGGUUUGUUUGUUAUUAAUCUGCCCGAAAAUACCAAUUCCAUGUCGUCGAGGGUCAAUCUGACACAUUCGAAAAGUUGGGACGGUGACGAACAGACAAUGGCACUUCCACCCAAUCUUUACACUCUACCACGCGGUGAAUCCAAACUUAUGAAAUUCUGGUAUUUCUUUACUUUUCCCCUUAAAUUCAUUCUCUCCAUACUGAUACCACAUCCCGUAAAAUAUCGUAAAUUAUAUCCUUUAUCCUUUAUAAUGUGUAUCAUAGCUAUUGGUGUCAAUGCCUAUAUGAUCGUAUGGAUGUUGACAUCGUUUGGUGUCGCCAUUAAUGUGCCCACAAUUAUUAUGGGUCUUACUUUUUUGGCAGCCGGCUCUACUAUGCCCGAGGCAGUGUCCAGUGUGAUUUCGUUGAGAAAUGGUGAAAGUGGUAUUGGUGUCUCUAAUUCUUUGGGUGCCAACUCCCUGGCCAUUUUCCUAUCCCUAGGUGUACCAUGGUUUAUCAAGAAUUGCAUGAACUAUGGCAUGGCUGAUGGCAUGAAUCGAAUCAAAAUUGCUGCUCAAGGCAUAGAGUACAGUAUUUUAAUUCUAAUGUUGUGCACUGUAACCCUUUUUGUGGGUCUAAGUUUAAGCGGUUAUCGUCUAACCAAGCGUGUGGGUCUGCUGCUCUUUAUUGUCUAUGUAGUGUUUAUCGUCUUACAAAUACUUAUAGAAAUGAAUGUAUUCUUCCCCAAACAAUGUAGUUAAUUAGUAAAGAAACUAACAAAUACUUAUAAAUUAAGACUGUUUAGUUGUAAAAAAAGAGAAAACCAAGAUUAUAAAUCUUCACAGGAAACCCGCUCGCGGCCCCCGCAUUAGCAGAAGAAAUAAACCAACGAAACAAAAAGAAGCUUUUUUCACAAGAAAAAUUUUGUUAAAAAACCAAAUAUCAAUGUCUUUAAAAAAAAAAACGCAAAAUAAUGUACAAUUUUUUUUUAUUAAUUAUUUAUAUUAAUUUUAUUUAUAAGUUUAUAAUUUAUUAUAGAAAAAAAAUGUCUACCAAAACCUUAGCUUUUAAACAAAAACUUUAAACAAAUGCGUUUAUCAUUGAAUUGUUAAUUAUUUUAUUUUUCAUAAAUAUACUCAAGUUUAAGUUUUGUAUGUGAAUCAUGCUUCUUACAUUUCUUGUAAAUUUAUUCUUAUUUUUUACAAUUUGUAUACUACGCUUGUAAUUUAAGCAAUUUUAUUUUUCUAAUUUAGU